AUGAAAAAAGGAGCCGGAGGAUCGUUGGCGAUCGUAGUCGCUCCCGAUGGCGGCUGGGGAUGGGUAGUAGUUUUCGCUGCGUUUUACUGCAAUGUGGUUGUAGACGGAAUAAUUUAUUCCUUUGGCAUGCUAAUGAAUGACAUGGUCAACACAUUUCACGAGCCGGAGUCUAAGAUCACAGUAGUCGGAUCACUAUUAAACGGAUUUUAUUUAAUUGCGGGUCCGUUUGUAAGUGCGCUUCUGAACAGUGUGGAUUUCCGAUCAAUCACAAUAAUUGGAAGUGUAAUCUCCUGCAUUGCAUUCGUUUCCGCCGCUUAUGUAGAAUCAUUGUACCAACUGAUGUUCUGCUAUGGUUUCAUUGGUGGUAUCGGAUUCAGUAUGGUAUAUGUAUCUGCGGUAUUAAUACCUGGAUUUUAUUUCGACAAGUGGAGAGCACUAGCAACGGGUAUAGCUGUAUGCGGAUCCGGGAUAGGAACGUUUGUACUUGCACCAUUAAAUGCACUUUUGGUAGAAAACUAUGGUUGGCGAGUUACCAUUAUGGUCCAAGCAGGUCUCGCAUUGAGUUGCGCUGGCGCUGGGAUACUUUUCCGUCCAUUGAAGCCAACCAUUGUCGAAGUGCCGACUAUCAAUCCGGUCGUGAUGGAACCAAAGUUACCGGAAGACGAGCCGCUGUUGACGAAAAGCAUCACUGCCGAGAGAAAGAUGUCGCUAGACAGCAAACACAACGCCGUCAAAAUCGGAGCUCCGACGGCCGAAGAAAUUUACAACCACCUGUCGGGUCGCCUGACACCCGAAACUCGGCCCACAAGCAUAUCGUGCCAUUCUCUCAACACCCACAAUCAGUACCUGAAGGAUAGAUUGUCACCCGAUUUACCGGAAAAGAAAUUAUCCGCCGUCAGUCUGAGGAGGCCGUCUGUAUCUGCGCAUUUGAUGGACAGGGACGACCGAUUUUUCGGAGGGAGUCUGUCCAGACUGCCGCAGUAUUCGUCGCAGGUGAGCUCGUUGAACUACGCAAUGUCGGUGACGAGAAUACCAGCCUGGAACGACGCCGAGGAGGGGGAUGACGAAGAGCCUUGUUCGAAGAAUAAUUCGUUCCGGAAAAACAUGAAGAAGUAUUACAAAUCGGCUAUGCACACACUCAUGACAAUGUUGGACUUUUCGAUUCUAGCCUCUCCGUCCUUUUUCGUGUUGACGUGCAGCGGUUUUUUGACGAUGUUGGGAUUCUUUGUUCCAUUUAUGUACAUUAGCGAAAAAGCCGUCAGUAUGGGCAUGGACAAAAACGUAGCCGUGUGGCUGGUAUCCGCGACAGGUCUGACGAACACGUUUGGGAGAGUGAUAUGUGGUUGGAUAUCCAGUUACGAAUCCAUCGAUCCAAUUCUGGUGAACAACUUGUCCCUCACGUUUGGAGGCCUCUACACCGUCUUGUUACCGUUUCUCCCGUAUUCGGUGUUCUCAUAUUACUUAUACGCUUCGCUGUUCGGAUUUUCCAUGGCUUGUUUCGCGUCUUUGAGAUCGACCAUGAUAGUCGAACUGACAGGUCUCGAAUUGCUUACGAAUGCUUUCGGUGUCUUGUUGAUGUUCCAAGGAGUUGCAGCUGCCGUCGGAUCUCCGUUAUUGGGGCUGUUCAAAGACUGGACUGGAACCUACGACAUGUCGUUCUAUUUGUCCGGGAUAAUAUUGACCAUGUCGGCGGUCAUCUGCUACCCGCUGAGAAGAGUCAAAAAGUGGGAAGACAACCGAAAACUGAGACGACCCAAUAGCGUUUGA